CAUCAUCCAGUUGGCGUCGGACUUGGACGGCAACUAUACACUGCUCAUCCAGCCCCUCCUCGAGGCAGAGUUUGCGUUCUACGGCUGGGCGUUGCUUCUCGACUGGGUGUAUGGCCGCCGCGAAGUCGUUUCGUUUGAAGGCGACGACCUAACGCUCGUCCUCAUCUCGGACGCGUACGAUGUCACGCCCAGUACGUCCACUGGUGCAACACUCGGCACGGCCACCAUUGGC